AUGGCGUAUCAACCAGUUCGCCAUCAGCGCGUAAUAAGCGCAGACAGCCUGACUCCUCUCACAGCGGCCAUAGAGCCUCAAGCAGGGGAUGAUAACCACAACAAUCACCAGUCUAUCCCAUAUGUCAACAUCAACGACCUGCAAGCUGCUAAUACCGGCGCCGUUCCUCAACAACCAGACCAGAUACACCCGGUUCAACAGCCUCUAUACGCCGACCAGCAGCAAUUUUAUGACUACCAAUACAACAAUGGCAACUACCAAAGCCCUCCGGUCCAACAAGUGCCCUUCGAAGGCCAAUAUCUCACCCAAGAUGGCUUUUCUCCAAACAAACAACCAGCAACCUUCGCCGUCUCUCCCAUGUCCGCUUCCCCAGCCUCCUGGGAGAAGGAACGAAAGCACACCAACCGACAGUCCAACGUGAGCACUUCCUCCUCCAAGUCCGACAGUAAGCUCUCAGCCAUCUUUUCCAAAAACGGCACCUGGACCUACGAAACCAUCAGCAUGCUGGUCGCCCUGGGCGCUGUCGCCUCCAUCAUCGCCGUCCUAGCCACCUACGACGGCCAACCCCUUCCUUCUUGGCCUCACUGGAUCACUCUCAACGCCGUCAUUGCCAUUCUAGCCACCGUCGCCACAGCCAGCAUGAGUGUCCCGCUAUCAAGCGGGCUGGGACAGCUGAAAUGGAUUCGCUUCAAGCAAGGCCGGGCUCCGCUAAGCGAUAUGGAGAUCUACGACGACGCGAGCCGCGGCGCCCUCGGAGCCGUGAACAUGCUCGUCCGCGCGCGGGGCGGAUUCGCGGGUAGUUUUGGUGCCGUGGUGAUGAUCGUUGCGCUGUUUCUCAGCCCUUUUGCUCAGCAGAUCGCUACUUUUCCCACACGGAUGGUCGAGAACCCGUCCGGGGCAGUCAACUACCGCACCGAAACGUACGGCCUGGCCCUUCACGGCAAGGGAGAGCUCGGCCAGGCUUUUGUGCCCAUCCUGCCCAUCAAGGCGGCCGUGUAUAAAGGUCUCUUCGCCGAGGACGGUAGGCCAUGGAUGGGUUUGCCCUUUCAAUGUUCAACAGGCAACUGCACGUUCCCGCCUAUCGAGACCUUAGGUGUAUGCCACAAGUGCGUCGACAUGUCCGAGUACAUGACGCGGUACUGCCCUCCUGGUAUUUCUAAUCAAGACGACUGCGGCUGGCAAUUACCCUCGGGCGCCGCCAAACUCAACUCCUCAGACCACGUCUUCGGAAUGACCUCUCUUUUUCCCGGCUCUGCCACAGGCGACGCUACUUACAGCACCAUCAUGAAACUCAUCUUUAUGGGCACCGAAACCAACGCCACCGGCCCUGGCGUUCUCUCCCCCUGGGCAACACAAUGUUCCCUAACCGUCUGCCUCCAAACUUUGACCUCCAACAUCACCAACGGCUUCCUCCACGAAUCCCAUCUCGACGAGCCCAUCACCAACGACACAGUCCCCUCUUUGUCCUCCCUCUCCAGCAGCAUCAACGCCCUCGAGCCCUUGACCAUCCAAUCCCCCACCAACUCUUCCCUCACCUACUCCAUGUCCAUGCAAUCCAUCUUGGCCAUGCAAUCCUGGUUUUCCCGCUUAUUCGCCAACGGCACUGCCAGCCGUAAUCCCAACUACAUCAACCAGACCAUCUCCAAAUUACCUUCUUUAAACUCCUCCCCCAACGUCGUGGUAAACCUAACGGUCGGCAUCUCCUCGGGCGAAACCUUCUUCGACACGGACAUCGUCCAGGCCUUUUACUGGAACUACUACGAAUACCCCUCCCCUUCGUCCCCGCCCAAGGGUCUAGAAAUGCUCAUGUCCGACCUCGCCGUCGCUCUCACCUCUACUUUUCGAACCCUGACUGCCGUACCUAUCAACGGCACCUCGCUUAGCUACGAAACCUUUGUGUCCGUGCGGUGGGGCUUCGUGGCGUUACCUGUCACGGCGGUGAUUCUCGCGGCGGUGUUCUUGGGGUUGGCGGCCUGGGAGACCAAGAGAAGCGGGGCGAGCUUGUGGAAGACGAGCGCGCUGGCCAUGUUGUUCCAUGGCUUGGAUGAGGAUGCGAGGGAGCGGUUUGAGGAUUUGAGGAGUUUGGAGGCCAAGAAGAGGGAGAUGAAUGAAGCAUAG